GAAAAGGAAAAUGGUUCUCCUCAUCCCGUCCCCUGUGCCACGAGCACCGUACGGAGCAGCAGCCGCGUCCACGUCGCCGUUAUCCACUCUCCCGCGGCCAAGGCGUCAUCCUCUCGCCGGCGUGCGCUGCUCCGCUCGUCGGACCCCUCCGCCCGCCGCGGUUGGUGAAGAGGCUGCUGCUUCUUGGGCCAGCGAGCUAGCCGCAGCCGUGCCAUGGAAGGCCGCAGUCUCCGGCGCCCUCGCUCUCACCUUAUCCGUCUCUUGCUUUGUAGGUUUGGCCAACGCCAAGGCUGGGGUCAACAAACCGGAGCUGCUCCCCAAGGAGUUCACCACCGUCAUUGAUGUCGCUGGGUUUCUCUCUUCAGGCCAGGAAAAUCGUUUGCGUCAAGAGAUAGAAGACCUGGAGAAGGACACUGGGUACAAGUUGAGGGUUCUCGCACAAAAUUACCCUGAUACUCCAGGAUUGGCUAUAAAAGAUUUUUGGCAAGUUGAUGACCGAACUAUUGUGUUCGUUGCAGAUCCCACAUUUGGUAACAUUAUAAAUUUCAACAUUGGUUCAUUAAUUGAUCUAGACAUUCCUCAGAGCUUCUGGAGCCGUGUUGCAGGGAAGUACGGAAACAUGUUCUACUGGAAAGAAAAGGGAGAAGAUGCAUCAAUCGAAGGUGCUGUGACAGCAAUAUCUCGCUGUCUCAGAGAGCCCACAGGGCCAAGUAACUGUUCUGAAGUAUUUUAGAGGCGAACGUUCAGCGUGGAAGGACUGAAACACGAGAAGGAUGGUGCAUACUAUGUACAGAAUCGGAAUGUCGCAGUUACAGAAACUAAACGUAUUUUCCCACUAAUUUUUCUAAUCAAAGGACAUUUGUUUA